CAAUUACUUACUUUUUUAGUUUUUAUUAUUUCAUUCAUCUCUCUCUCUCUCUUCUCUCAUGACCUAGCCUCCGUCAAUCGCCACCGUCAUCGUCCUCCAACCACCGUCAUCAACCGAUCCCUAAUCCACAUCAUCGGACGAUACUCUCCGUCAUCCUCUUAGAUUCACCACCAUUACAUUACAACUUACCUUCGUCAACACGUUACUCAAUCUAGGGUUUUAGACGAAGCAAAAGUAACUAAAGUUAGGGUUUUCUAUCCCUCCGAAUUCGUUGUGUGUGUGUGUGUAAUCCAUCACAUAAUCCACAUCAAUUUUCCAGAAAUUGAUAUCGAAAUCGAAAUCGAAAUUGUUGUAUUUGUUUUGUAAACAUGCGAGGGUUGCAGAAAUCAAAGAGAGUUUCUUGGGCCUCAGAUUUAAAUCUGUGUCAGGUAAAGCUGUUCUUAUCCGAUGAAUCUCCUUCUCAAGUAGGGUUGGGCGGUCAAGAUCAUCUCCAAGCAAAGGACUCGUGGUCAUGGCAUUCGGGUGGAGCAAGUUCUGAUGACAAUUUGCCACCUGGCUUUGAAGGCAUUCAGCCUGCAAACUUAUUGCAGAACAAAUUGUCUCAAAUACCUGUCAUCCAGUGGAAAUGUCCUUCUAGAUUCAUUUUGGAUCCCACGUGGCAAGUGGCGGCCGGAGAAGAAAGCAAAGAAGUACAGGUCGAAAGUCAACGGGAGAUGAGAAUGCUGGAAGCAAUAUAUCCACGACCAUCGGCUGUUCCACCGAACCCUGCACCAGCAAUGGGGGCAGAUGAAUUGUAUUACAGUGAUCAGCAUACUCCCGUGAUCCCCGUCACUCCCAUUGAAGAUGAAGACACGGCACCUGACACGUCAUCAUCAUCUGCAACACCUCUUUCAACAACCAAUGGGAUGCCGCCACCUGGGAUGGUCCCUGGUGUCGAACCGGAUGUAAUAACCGCCGCCUAUUCCGCUCUAAACGCAGCAAUGUCGAACACCACUCAAGGAAACCUAAUCGACCCAAACCUGCUCAUUAAAAUUCUCAGCGACCCGGGGUUAAUCGAGAAACUAGUCUCGACUCAUGGCCCGUCCACAUCUAGUCAACAAAUUUCUCAACCGCCACCAGUGCCCACCACAUUGCCGCCAGCCGUAUCUUUACCUGACCCACCGAUACCCGUCCACACCCGACCAACCCAUCUCCCGUUUUCGACACCGUCUUCUAGCGGCACCCAUUAUGCACCACCAAACAGGGUGGGACCUGUUCCUGUUCAUGUACCGGCUCCUGUUUCUGUUCCGAAUCUGCAAACGCCUCUACCACCACUGCCAGAGGUAAAUCCAAAUCCGCCAGCUAAGAAGGAUAUAAACUAUUACAAGAGUCUGAUUCAGCAGCAUGGGGGAGAUAAACCAGAAGCGGUGAAUAAUAACAAUAAUAAUAGUAGUAACCAGAAAACACGCGAUAUGAAACCGAAGAGCAAUAAGCCGUGUAUUUAUUUUAAUAGCUCAAGGGGAUGUCGACACGGUGCAAACUGUGUCUUUCAGCAUGAUUCUUCUUCUUCUUCAUCACAACGAAUUAAUAAUAGCUUGCAAGAUGCACAAAGUGCAAAAAGAAUGAAAAUGGACAGGGAAAUAACGGGUACAUAAAUCAUCCAUUUUUGAGUUGAGUUGAGUUGAGUUGGUGUAAAAGGGUGCAUUUUUGUGCAAAAUCUGAGUUGUGUGCUCAACCACGUCCUGGCAGUCAUAUCGUCAUUCCUGUUUUGUUUUUUCUAUAAUUUAAAAUUUUGGUUGAUACACAUGUUGGUUGGUUUAUGCUUGAUGAUGGCCUUUUGGGGUCAACACUUUUGAUUUUCUUGUUCGUGUUUUGGUUGGUGUUGACCGACCUAUCUUUUAAUGGCAAUCGUACAAUUGUUGUUACUUUUUUAUUUA